AUGGACAAUGCCAAGCUCAUGAUUGCUGUCAUGUUAGCGGCCUCCAUCACCAACGGCAAACAUCUCGAAGCUCCCAUCCCCGCUCGACAGUUGCCAGAUCUGUACGCAUGCUCGAGUCCUUUGGUCCGACUUGCCGUAUGCAGAGGGGACAUGAAAGCCCUAUAUCGGAGUACGAUGAAGGAAGAAGCGACCAGACUGUAUCGCUACACCGGAACCCUCCUAGCACGAUGCCGGGCAGCCAAGACUUUAACGACUGCCCAUCAUCGCGUAGUAACAGCGUCUUCGGCCUCGCUGUUGCCUCGAACACCACCGCGAUGGGUAGCUGUCGACACUCGUCACCUUAGUAAAGGCUGCUCGGGCAACCAGAUACGGCCGCCCUAA